AUGGCGGCCGUGCUGCCCUCAAAUUCAUUGGCGUUACAACAGGACUAUUACGCCGAUGGGUCCGCUGUGAGUGUCGACUUCUAUCCUGCUGUCGACGUUGGAUUCCCCGGAAUGGCUCCAUGGGAAUCUGAAGGCAAUGACGACUUCUGGUUCGACCUCGCGAAUAACCACCAAACAAGCGACCUUUUCUGGAACACUGCAGAGCCUGCUGCUGUCGACACGACAUUUCCAAGCCCUUGGCUAUCUCUUCCGGGUCCAGCUUGUCGGCUCCUAGCUAACUCUCAGGAGAAGUGUCCUUCCAGAGAGCGCAUGCCCGACGAAUUGUUCGACAAGGUCCAUCAGUGCUGGCCUGCAACGAAGACCGAUGUGCCCACUGGCAACCGGCUUUGGGAUCAAAUCAUUGCCCACUCUGAAGAUGAUAUUUUCUCUCAGCGUAUAUUAAACAACCGGGUUGUCUGCGCAGAACCGUUUGCUGCAUCGAGGUGGAAAUUUGACGAGAGUUGUAGAUGGCGCAUCAUCCGAUGUCUCAAGGGGGUUCGACCAGAAGGCUGCCUCGAGACCUCUCAGUACAGAAGCACCAAUGUUGCAAACACAAGUGGACAGGAAUUGCGGUAUGAUAUUAUAUCCCAGGAUGGGCGGAACGGAAAUUGCGGUGCAUCCACAAAAUUUCCGUCGAUCAGCACGCUUGACUUCGGCUUGGACCUCUUCUUCGAUCAACUUCACCCCUUUGUGCCCGUCAUCCAUGUUCCCACGUUUGAUGCCAGGAAGACUCCUGAUGUGUUACUCCUGGCAUUGUGCAUGGCGGGAUUUGUCAAGCUGAAGGGUCCCGCGGCACAACAAUUCCUGGAGGAGAAUCUGAUGGUCCUCGUGGCACGCUGUCGACAAGAGCUCAAAGCGGCCACUUCGAAAACUACUCCGCUGUCUAUAUUGGCCAUCCUGGCAAGCUCAUACCUCGCCGUGCUCUCAGCACUUCUUACGGGCAAGAGCAAUGCAGAAUCAUGUCGUAGACUCCAAGGAGAGACUGUUUCGGUGAUGAUUGCUCAUGGCUUUUUCGGCAAUGACAUAGUCUCAACCACAGAGAGUGGCAUUUCCGAUGAAGAUCUGGUGCGUCGCUAUGGAUGGAAGGUCUGGGCUCGAGUUGAAUCGAUCAAGAGGCUGAUCAUCGCCGUCGUGAUGGUUGACGCAUUCUACUCGAAUACACUGGAUCUAAACCCGACCAUUCCGACCCAGAUGUUGAACUUGUACCUGCCUUGCGAUGAGAAACUCUUCGUCGCCCCAUCCGAAUCGGAAUGGAGGAGGAUUCUGCUGGCAGGCAAUAGGAUUUCGUCCGCAACCUUGGCGUUUCACGCCGAUCAAGUUUUGCUGUCUCCACAGUGGUAUUAUCCAGGCUCCCUGGGCCUGCACGGUGUUCUUGCCGCUGUCUGGAUUCGUUUGUCCGAGGCUCAUCACAGACUUCUAUCACGGAGCGGCUUGUUAGGCCAUGGGUGGGGACUCAUCCCGUACGAAGUCUACUCGACUGACCACAGCGCAAAAUCCAUUGCACCAUUUCUAGUGAAUUUCAUGCAAUUACACGGCGGUACGCUGCAAAAUGCGAAUCCUCAUGCUCUGAUCAUGUGGAAUAUUUUGUGUGUGAUGCUGCUGAGUAAUUCGUGGAUGUUCGAACUUGGGGUCGGCCAAAAAGGUGCGGAGCCUGCCAGAGCAGCUUUGGCAUACAUUUCUUCCUGGGCAGACACUCUUGCGGCUAGGCGAGCUUGUGUACACGCAGCUCAGAUCUUUUGGAUAUGCUCGAAAGGGAAAAUAUCUGAUAGAAUGAUGCUGCACUCAGAGACGAGCCUUUUCCUCUCGGCCCUCGUUCUCGGUCUCUAUGUCCUCGUCAUGAAGGCUGACACCGGUUCUUCCACACGAGAAAAUAACUAUGAGCUCCUCGCCGACCUAGAUUGGCGAGAUCUAGGCGAUGUGGCCCUGGGAGGUAGUCCAUAUCGUGGCGUAGGAAUGGACCUGUCACCAGAGGCGGACUUCAUUGCGAACAGGGGCGCUCUCACUUUCGACGGCAUCCCUCUCUCCGGAGGCUAUGCUUCGGCAAGGCGAAUUCUUGUUCACUUUGCCAACCUCCUGGAGGAUGUGGGAAUGUGGCGUAGCUCGGAUGUCUGUCGAGUUCUCCAUAUCAUUGGAGACGCCCUCACGGAAGAUGAGGUUGAUAAUAGGACCAACGACCCCGUGGCCUUCCAAACCUACUAA